UAAAAUUAUUUUCAAUAAUAUAUUGUCGCUAUUUUUCGUCUCAAUUCUCUUAAAAUUUAAAAUUAUUUUCAAUAAUAUAUUGUCGCUAUUUUUUUUCUCGAUUUCAGUCUAGUGCUACUGAAAGCGUAGAUCUCCCGCAGAAAUAAGCAAUGGCGACAUUGAGGAACUUGAAGAUAAAGACGUCGACCUGCAAGAGAAUAGCCAAGGAGCUUCACUCUUAUGAGAAAGAGGUCCAAACAGAGUCUGCUAAAACCGCCGAUAUGAAGGCUAAAGGCGCCGAUCCAUAUGAUCUCAAACAGCAGGAAAAUGUGCUGGCUGAAUCUAGGAUGAUGGUUCCUGACUGCCGAAAGCGUCUAGAGGCUGCUCUGAGUGAUCUUAAAGGCACUUUGGUCGAACUGGAAGAGUCUGGGCAAAAGGAAGGUUCAGAAAUUGAUGAUGCUCGGAGCACCAUUACAGAUGUUGAACAAAUAUUUCAAUCUUCAGACGCUUAGUUGAAGAGUUGGGUUUACUCAAACUGGUUUGUUUAUGUAUUAGCUCUGCUGUGAUGGAUAAUGAGUGCUCAAGAUCUCAUCUGUUUUGACAUAUGCAGUGUGAUCAUGUUUUAAUAUGAAAACAGGCUUUAUCUGAUAA